AUGGCCGUUGAAGCAUCAAUAGCAGACAAAAUAAAUUCAGAUGAUAGUACAUAUCCCAUAACAACAACAAUAUUAAAUUUAAAUUAUUAUCCACAAUAUUCUUGCGGAAGCAAUGACAACAAUAAUUAUCAUACACAUCAAUCUUAUCCACCGUCCACCACAAAUGAUUAUAUGUAUCCACCCUUGUCUUAUUAUACAGGGCCACCAUUAUCAACUUUUGAUAGUGUACCUAAACGCAUUCGACACCGUUCAUCAUUCAAUAAUAACACUACCAUCGAUGAUCCAAAACAACUUUUAUCAACAACAACGUAUAACGGAUCAAUGCCAAAAGCUCGGUCUCCAGUAAGAACAGCGCCAACAAUGACGAUACAGCAACACCGAGCCCAACAAAUGUCGUGUUAUAAUUGUAUUUCUCUGCAACAUUUACAUGAUGAACCAACAACAGCAAGUUAUGAUGCUUAUCAAUACUACAUGACCAACUGUAGUCAUCUAUUACCAUCAGGACAACCAACAUCAUAUGAGUCACCAGCUCAAUGUAAUAAUAUUAUUGCAAUGUCAGGACAUAUCGGUGUACGUUUAGAGCAUGGAGAUUUGUGGACAAAAUUUCACCAACAUACAACAGAAAUGAUUAUCACGAAACAAGGACGUCGAAUGUUUCCCACUCUCCAGUUUAAUAUAUUCGGUUUAAAUCCCGAUUCAAAUUAUAAUCUAUACGUUGAUAUGGUAUUGGUUGAUACAAAUCAUUGGAAGUUUAAUUCAGGAAAAUGGGUACCAUGUGGACAAGCCGAACAAUGUCAGAAGUCAAAUUACGUAUACAUUCAUCCGGACAGUCCAAAUACGGGUGAACAUUGGAUGAAAAAUGAAAUAUCAUUUAGUAAAUUAAAAUUAACAAACAAUCGUUCAAUAUCGCCAGGACACAAUACAAACAUGACAUUAAUUUUAAAUUCUAUGCAUAAAUAUCAACCACGUCUACAUAUUGUUGAAGUUAGUCGAACGAAUAAUGGAAAUAGUCGAUGUUCAUCAUUAGAACAACAAGCCAGAACUGGCCAAGAACAUACAUUCUUUUUUGCCGAAACACAAUUUAUAGCUGUAACUGCUUAUCAAAACACGGAUGUAACACAAUUGAAAAUUGAUCACAAUCCAUUUGCUAAAGUCUACGGUUUACAUAAUGAUCGUCUAAUCGUAUCAUCCGAUCCAUAUUAUCAUUAUCAAUCAGCCACUUCUUUAUCACCUCAUUUGUCUCAGCAACAUUCUCCUCAAUCAUUGAAAAAUAUGACAUAUUGUGAGGCAAAUUAUUCAACAUCACUUAAACGAAAAAUGUCUAGUUAUACGGAACAACAACAAUCAUCGAAUUCAACAUGGUUGUCUGAUAACAGACAGUCAAAACGAAAUAAAUUUCAUGAUAAUCUCGAACGAAAUUUCUUUAAUGGUUAUUAA